CGGAACUCGAACAGAUUUGUAAACGAGGCAAAGACGAACAGUCUCCUGUUUACCUAUAUACAGUAUAUUUUGCUGCCGGUUCAAGCAGUGCAUCAUCGCUUCAAGAGAUGGUGGAUAUUGCAUCUAAAUAUGUUCCAGAAAAAGGGCUCAAGUGUCAAUUCGUAUCAGUACCGUCUACACUCGCAUUGAAAGACCACUUCGUGAGUAUUGCGGAAAGUAUAAAAAAGAAUCAGGCAACCCUUAUCAGGGGGUAA